AUGGCUACAUAUUCAAAAAAAAGAAAGAGAAGUGCCGGGGUGAAGAAAAGAAGCAGAAAUGGAUGUCACGCCUGCAAGAAAGCAAAGAUAAAGUGCGACGAGACCCGGCCGGUUUGUAUGAACUGCCAGAAAUUCAAGAGAAAGUGCGAUUACUCGAUUGUUUUGACAUGGGGAGGAAGGCCGUACAAAAAACCAAAGAAAGAGAAACUGAACAUGAUAGCAUCAAUAUCACGUGAGCAACUGCAGGAGCCGGUGAAGAAGAUUGCCCUUCCGUUUCAGUCUGUUCAGGAAAGCCUAGUGAAGCCGAACGGUGAGAAGGAACCGGAAACUGGAGUGAAAAGGCUGAAAAAUGGCACAUCGGCCAUGUGUGGCAUUAUUGGGCAGAAUAAACGCAAAAAACCACCUGUUAAAAACAUUCUUGUGGCGGGGAAGAAGGUUAGGGUGAAGCUGGAGCCGGAGAGUACCGAAGAAAUACGGGAAUCAAGGGGGGAUGCCGUCAACAAUGUGGAGUCGGUCGCCAUGUCCGGAGGCGCGUCGAUCGCCGCGUCGACCCGAAGCGAGUCGGACCACAUCGUGAGUCCGUCGGGAAACCUCGAGUAUCUACUUCGGAUGGCAUCUGGUGGGGAUGUGAGGACACAAAAUCCGGCUGCGGAGGAGUGUAGGGAUGCUGACAGCCCGAUAUUGGGCGGGUUUCGAUCAUUAGAUGAGUCUUUUGGUGAUGUGCCACUUGAAGAUUAUCGGGAUCAGCAAUUGGACACGCAGCAAUCGAGCAUUGGGAAUUUUGGGGAGGGCAUCAAGUCGGUUUCGGAUGCUCUCGGCAGCAUAAUAGGCGGGGAUGUGGUGCAGACGAAUCCAUGGGCCUUUUUAGAGGAUUUGGGUGAAUUCCAGGCUGAGAAUAUGAAUGAUGGGAAAGACGAGUUUGAAGGUAUUGACAAGUGGAAAAGGACAUCUUGCAGGGAAAAACCCGGGGCGAGUGACCGUGCAAAAAGCCCCGGGAAGGCAGCUGCGUAUUCAGGAGAUGGAGCAGAAGAAAGAAUUGCGGCAGAAAAGAGGAAAGAUGAAAAAGCCGACAAACAAAUAGAAAAAGCGUCUGUUGAACCGGCAGAAAUCUCAUCGGAAGCACAUCAGGAUGUGUUUGCAUUGCACCGAGCGGAGAUGAACGAUUUUACAGACGAUUUGGAGAACAUAUGGAGGCGGAGAACGUACGGGAAGACGAAAAUUCACUUUUCGGACCCGCUGGAGAGGUUGACGGGCCAGAGAAGGAAGAUUUUUCUAGUGGACGAACUAGAGAGUGAGGCUCCGGUCCAAAGUUCGAUCCCCAGAGGUAUCAUGCCUCUCCCGGACAUUCUUCUGAACGUCCCCUACUACUAUGAGUCGUUCAACUUCUUCCUUCAGUCGACUUCGCUUCUUUUGACGCCGGCCGACCCGUCGAUCUACGCAAGCAACCCGUUUAAAACGGUUCUUCCGGCCUUGGCAAUGCAGAAUGAGGGAUUGAUGGCGAUCAUGAUUGCAUAUGGAAUUGCACACAGAACAACACUCUUGCACCAACACACCCCUUACAACAUUGAGGAGUCCUUGAUGAGUCGUGCGUUGCGGGAUUUGUUGGCGUUGCUAGAUAAUGCACAUACCUCGACAAGCGAUCUUACUUUAACGUUGGUGAUCUUCCUCAGCUCAUUUAUGGUAUUUGCAUUUUCCGGAGACAAAUGGCGGGUCCAUAUCAAGGGGGCACGCCAGAUAAUCUUGAUGCGUGGGUACAAUCAGCCGUUCCGGAAGCUGAUUUGUGACUUUCCGAGGUCCGAUUCCCCGACUACUGCCAACAUGAGCUCCGAAAUCAAGAAAUCCAAGCUCUUGUACUUCCUCAUUCGCUGGUUCGCAUACAUCGACAUUUUCUCAAGUCUCUCAUCACCCCUUGAGCCCGCUGAAGCAGAAAUUGACAAGUUUAUGAACCGGAUUGAGGUUGCAUCGCAGGGAUUUUCGCCCGCUUGGACCGAAUCGUCGCUUGAAGAGACGAUAGACGACGAAAAAACGGCAACCGACAAACACAACCAGCAACAAAUCGACUAUGACGUGGAUAACGACGGGACGUUCUUCAAAGAUGAGUCGCACAAGAGCAUUGACUACAUGCUUGGGUUCAACGUGAAGUUUCUCCCGCUUUUCUCCAAGUUGUGCAAGCUCAUCGAGAAGAUCAACUUCAGCCGACGCGUCGAUCGACGCCGCAGGGAGCUUGGCCUACCCGUGUCACCCGUGUUCAAGAUCUGCCCCGCAAUUAUAGAAAAAUCGUUACAGAUUGAAACCCAGUUCCGAAAAUUGGGCAUCAUGGAGUUCGACACCGACAAAACGGCAAAGAAGGACUCAUUCAACAGUAUCGUGGCAUCCAACCACUGCUUCCUACUGAUGGGCAUGCUUCAAUUAUACCGCCGGGUACUUCAAAUUCCUCGCAAAUCGACUCUCGUUCAGCACAUGUCCGAUUCAAUUGUUAAUGUCCUCGACAAUUUUGUUGAUACUGCAAAGCCUAGCUCGCUUUGCCUCAUCUUGCCUAUAUUUGUGGGUGGUUGCGAGUGCGAAAGUGAGCCAGAAAAAGCCUUAUACAAGACCAAAAUGCGAGAUCUGGUUGCGCAAGGCUCACCUUCUGCAACCCAGGCAACUGAAAUCAUGGAAAAGUGCUGGAAAACAGGGAGGGACUGGUAUGAAAUAAUGCAUACCGAGAACCGGCAUGUUGUUUUUCUGUGA